UUGCUGAAAUAAAAAUUAAACUUUUGAACCGAAUUAAGAUCUAAUAUCGACGAGCUAACGUUACACAUCCGUGCUAGCUAGCAAAAAUAGCGUGGCGCGAGAUCGCGUCAAGAGACGAAAAAACACUUAAGUAGGUUAGCUCAGCUAACUAUCUUCAUGAAACUCUGACAAAAAAAAACUUUAGUAAUGUAUUAAUAAAUAAUACAUCAACGUGAGAAUUACGUAAUACAAGAAAUAUAUCCUGUCACUAAUCUAGUUCAGAUGUUCAACAAAAUGUGCAUAAAAAUGGAUAACUCUGUGUUAAUAAAUUUUCACUGUUGCUAGCUAAAUCUAGCUGUUAUUAGCUAGCUGCUAUCCAGUUUACAGGUAUCAUUGAGUCAUUCAACUCUUUAAAGAUUAUUAUGAGCAGAAGUUGAUCUGAACCCAGAGGAUGCUAGAGUCAUCAACAGAGUUCCCCCUUUCCCUGGAUAACUUGUUCUUUGACAGACCAGUGGUUCAUAAAGUGAAACCAUUAUGUCAGGAGAAGAGCCUGUGGAAGCUGGAUGCCGCACCCGAAAUUUCAGCAAUCCCAGCAACUCAGGAGCUCCAGAAAGAGGCAGAAAGCCUGGCUUCUACAGCUUACUCUCAGAAGACAAAGAAGUUUUUGACGCCUUUACGAAGACCCGGCGUCAGCGUAGGACGGUGUGUUCAAAGUCUGACAGACGAAGCAGAAGCCCAGCAGGUGUUUGAAGUGUGGAAGCCUGAAGUAUCUGUGUCUGGAUUCCAUCCCACUGUCAGUAGGCAUCCGGGCUGCCCUGCCGCGUCGCAGAAUUCGGGAGAAAUUGGACAUUUUCAUCCCACUGGUGCUAAACUCACAACCCGGUUAUUUAAACUGCCCGUGAGGAAGCUCGACAGCGUUUCCAUUCCAGCAACGAACCAUCGCUGUGUCAGUUCGGUCGCUACGGCGACGGAGCAUCCACACCUGCCUCACGCCGUGGCUGCUUCCUGUAGCCCUUUCGGAGAGUUCAGCCAGACAGAGGGAUGCAGCAGUCCACAACAAAACUACUCUGUUUGUCACCCUCUCACUCCCAAGCCUGUUCAGAUACAAGGCACAUCCGGACCAGGGAUCCUCCGUCCCGUGUCUGAAAUCCCUGUUAAAUUCAGGAGCGUCUUCAGCGAGUUCCCGUACUUCAACUAUGUGCAGUCUAAAGCGUUGGAUGAUGUUCUUUACAGCAGCAGGAACUUUGUUGCGUGCGCUCCCACCGGCUCGGGGAAAACGGUGCUGUUUGAGUUGGCUAUCAUUCGAAUCUUAAUGGAGACAACGGAACCUUGGCAUGAUGUCAAGGCCGUCUACAUGGCGCCCAUUAAGGCUCUUUGCAGUCAGCGAUAUGAAAACUGGAAGCAGAAAUUCGGGCCACUGGGACUGAACUGCAAAGAGCUGACAGGAGACACCGAGAUCGACGACUAUUUUGAAAUCCAGGAUGCCCAUCUCAUCAUGACAACACCAGAAAAGUGGGACAGUAUGACGAGGAAGUGGAGAGAUAACGCUUUACUGCACUCGGUCCAGCUCUUUCUGAUCGACGAGAUCCAUGUGGUGAAAGAUGUGACCCGAGGAGCGACUCUGGAGGUCAUGGUCAGCAGAAUGAAGACCAUGCAGUCGUACCGCAUGGCUGAAGAUCCACACUCUAAGACCUGCAUGAGAUUUGUAGCAGUCUCAGCCACCAUCCCAAACCUACAGGAUAUAUCCGAGUGGCUGUCGGACGAAUCGGGUCCAGCCACGUGUCUGAAGAUGGACGAGAGCCACAGGCCAGUGAAACUGAGGAAAGUGGUGUUGGGAUUUCCGUGUGCAAACAACCAGAACGAAUUCAAAUUCGACCUCUCUCUCAACUACAAGAUGGCCAGCAUCAUUCAGACCUACUCCGACCAGAAACCCACGCUGGUGUUUUGUUCCACGAGGAAAGGAGUUCAACAGUCUGCUGCUGUGCUCGCCAAGGACACCAGAUUCAUUAUGAGUAUUGAUCACAGACAGAGGCUGAUGAAAUAUGCCAACUCUAUUCUCGAUACCAAACUCAGAGAUCUAAUAAUGUGUGGCGUGGGGUACCACCACGCUGGUGUCAGUGUGUCGGACAGGAAACUGGUCGAAGACGCGUUUACGGUCGGCGACUUGCCUGUCCUCUUCACUACCAGCACUUUGGCGAUGGGUGUAAACCUGCCAGCUCACCUGGUGGUGAUCAAAUCCACCAUGCACUACGUGGGCGGAGCGUGUGAGGAGUACAGCGAAGCCGACAUGUUGCAGAUGAUUGGUAGAGCGGGCAGACCACAGUUUGACACAUCAGCCACUGCUGUGAUCAUGACUCGAUCUCAGACUAGAGACAAGUACCUGCAGUUAGUGAGUGGUUCAGAGACCAUAGAGAGCAGCUUGCAUACAAACCUGGUAGAGCAUCUGAAUGCCGAGAUUGUCCUUUACACCAUCUCUGACGUGAACAUGGCUUUAGACUGGAUUCGUUCCACGUUCCUCUACAUCCGAGCUUUGAAGAAUCCCAAACACUACGGUUUUUCUCCUACUCUCGACAAAUGUGGAAUCGAAACCAAACUGCAAGAGCUUUGUCUAAGAAACUUGAACGCACUGGCUUCGUAUAAUUUGAUCACAAUGGAUGAGGACAUAAACAUCAAGACUACAGAGAGUGGGAAGCUGAUGGCUCGAUAUUGUGUUGCAUUUGACACCAUGAAGCAGUUUAUGAAGGUGACCGGUACAGAAACCUUGUCUGAAAUGGUCGAUAUCAUAUCAAAGGUGAAGGAGUUCAGUGACGUCCAGCUAAGAGUCAGUGAGAAGAGAACCCUGAACAUGCUAAACAAGGAUAAGAACAGGGUCACUAUCCGGUAUCCGAUGGAGGGAAAGAUCAAAAGCAAUGACAUGAAAGUUAACUGUUUGAUUCAGGCUCAGCUGGGCUGCAUCCCGAUUCAGGAAUUUGGACUCACGCAAGACACUGGGAAGAUUUUCAGGAGUGGAAUCAGACUUAGCAAAUGCCUGGUGGAGUUUCUCACUCAACACUCCAAGAAGAAUUUCUCAGCCCAACUCAACGCCGUGAUUCUAGCCAAGUGCUUCAGAGCCAAGCUGUGGGAGGAUUCGCCCUAUGUGUCCAAACAACUGGACAGGAUUGGGUUAUCUUUGGCUAAUGCAAUGGUGAAUGCAGGACUGACUUCAUUCAGCAAAAUUGAAGCCAUCAAUGCUCGAGAACUGGAGCUGAUCGUGAACCGACACCCUCCGUUUGGAAACCAGAUUAAAGAAGCCGUCAGCAGACUCCCAAAAUACGAAGUUAGUCUGGAACAGCUUCCCCGUUACAGUGUCUCCACUGCAGAGAUCGUUAUCACAGUGAACUUGAAGAACUUUGAGGAGCGGAUGGUGAAAAGGACUGCACCGGACUAUCAUUAUAUCACGCUCAUAAUCGGAGACUGUGACAACAACGUCGUCUUCCAGCAGAAGAUCUCAGACACUUUACUGCUGAAGUCUGGAAGCUGGUCGAGGAGGACCGAGGUAACGAGAACGCCUAGCGGAGAUGAGAUCAGCGUCAAUUUAAUCAGCUCUGAGUAUGUUGGUCUGGAUAUCCAACAGAAAUUCAGUGCCUUCUACUCGGGAGCAAAGACGUUUAGAGCUGAAUCGUACGGAGCAGAGAGUCCAGCGUUUAUGAGAAACACGAGAGAAAGUCCACAGAGAAACACCAACACGGAGAAACCUCCCGCAGCACAAGCUACUGUGCAGAGAGAUCGGUUCAAAACAGAUCGUGCUCAAAUCGAUCCCAGCAAACGGCAGUGUAACCACUUUUGUAAAAACAAGCAGCUCUGUGGUCAUGAAUGCUGCAAAUUUGGUGUACAGAAAAGGCUCGUGAGUCAGGAUCCCACAUUCUCAUCAUAUCUCCAAGAUCUAAAGCUGAGGAACGAUAAACUCAUGGAGACCCCGGUCAAGCGCUUGAAGAUGAGGAUGAAAAGUGAGGCAGAGGCCAUCAACAUGCAGCAGUUCUCCUACACACCGAAAGAACCAGUGCCUGCUGCUACACGGAUUCAGAGAUGUCUUGCUACACCUCAACAGCAGGCGUAUGUUGUGUCAUGUCAUGAUGAGUACAACGAGAACACUGAAGAUUUUUAUUCUGAAAUGGAUGACGCAGUGGAGGAACAGGCCUUCCAGACUAACGCCAACACUACAUUCCACAAUGCUUCCAUGAGCAGAGAAGCUACAAACAGAGCGCUGAGCAGAAUCCCUCCCGGUGAAGCCACAGCUCACAUCUCACACGCAGACCUCAGCACCGACGGUGGCUUUUCAUCCGACGUCCUCAACGUGAACUUUGACCUGGCGCUGGAUGACUGGGACGAUUUCAGUGACGAUAACUUCAUGACAGCUUGUGAGGAUUUGUUCCAUCAGGGGCGUGGCUCUGCUCAAACUACAGGUCCUCCUGUCUGUGUGGAAGCUAAACCAGGAUCACUGAGACCUCAGACACCGUCAAGAGUCGGAGUUGCAGCUCUGCCGCCGCAAAAUACCACAAAAAUGACUUUUAAGAGAGCGUGUCCGGAUUUUUCCGUCACAUCAGUGAAGCAGCCGCUCGCGAAACAGAGCGAAAAUAUCUCACGAAUGAAUUUCUUUACAAAGAGAGAUUCAGCGUUCGAGGAGCACAAAAGCACCGGGAGGAGUCAGACGGACGAGGACCGAGAGGUCGACAUGUUCCUCGGUAUAUUUGAUGGAAUUUUCUGAAAUAAUUUUUUUUUUAUGAAUGAACGAAUUAAUUAAUUCUUUAAAAUGUUCUAUAUUAUUCUAUAAAAGUAUACAGUAUUUACAUAAUGAAAAAAUUUUUUUUUCAUGAAUUUGUUCAUUCAAAAUGUUACGUAAGUUCUUCACAUCUGAAAUGAGUCAUGUUGUAAAGUUUAUAGCCUCCUGUUAAAAUUCAUUCCUUUAUUUAUCUAGCAAAAUUUACGCUAGAUGUGAUGAGGUUACGACUGUGCACACCGUGGAUAAAAAUAAACAAACAAACAAAUAAAUAAAAUGUCUUAUUUGCAAUAUAACGCGAAUUUCACUGGAUGAAUUUGAACAUUUUACGUUGUUAUUAUAUUAAGUAAUUUAAUUUAAAUAUACCGUAAUAUUUUGUAGUUUAAAAAAAAAUGAAAUGUUCAUAAAUUGCAUGU